GCUCUUCCCCCUGACCUGCAGCAACGUCUUGUCUACUCUGUGCCUGUGUAGCCUCACAACCAAAGCCACAUAUGAGUGUGCUUCUCGGGCCGCCAAACAGCGACACCCGGGCUUCUCCUGAUGAUGAGAGCUGACGUCAGACUGGUUUCCAUGAAUAUUGAUGUGGAGGAUAGUCUGUUUCAUAGAAGAACAGAAGGAGGCAAGAUGGCUGCCCUUUAGGAUUUGUUAAAGAGGAGAUCCAGACGGUUUAUUGGAAUUUCUACAAAGUGGAGGGACGUAAACAGGAGGACGGACAGAGGGCAGCCCUGUGGAUGGACUCUGAGCAGGCCAGAUGGAAACAGAACAGUCCAGACAUGAGACGGAAGAAAGUUUGAUGUUAGCACAAUUUGGCUCAUCUCACCACAUCUCUCACAAACUCCAGAAUGGAGGCCAGUCUUCAGAGGAAGAUUCUCUGCAGAUUACUGGGGAUACAAACUGGAACCAUUACAAGCCCAGUUUAGGUACAAACUCCAUGAAGAGGCACAGGGAGACCUGUGAUAGCCCCGCUCCAGUGCAUGGGCUGUUCGAACAAGGAUCCUACAUGAUAAAUGGAGAUUUGAUGAAUGGAGAGUUGAAAAAUGCACGCACUGAACAGUCCUUACUUGUUCACCAGUCCAAGAAACUUAAAGUUAAUUCUGAGAUUAAAGAAGAUGAUGACUUGGGCUCUAGUUUGUUGGAUGACUUCCCUGAGAUGACAAAGGCAACAGAAUUUGAAUGCAACACCCCCCAGACAGAGAUUGAGUUGGACAAGAGGAAUUGUAGUUUUCCCAACGGAGAUAUUUUUAGUUUAACACGAAAUAAACAAGUUCCGAUUCCAAAUGGUGCUGUUUCACCCCCAACCAUAGAAAGCACUCAAGGUGAUCUAUUGGAGAAAACUUUGUCUCAGUAUUAUCCUGAGCAGGUGUCAAUUGCACCUCAAACAUCUAGGCCACAGCUAGAUUCUAUCAAUGGUUCGACAGCUAAUAAGCCACCCAGUGAAGGUGCUCAACCCCCUUCCCUAACCUCAGGGCCGCCCAAUUCAGCUCAGAUGCCCGAGUCACAGCAACAGCAGCCUGUGGCUUCAGGCAAUGUUAAAGGAGGCAACAACUACAACUCUGCCAAUUAUUUGGUGAAUGGCUUCUCCAACAGUUUUGAAGCAGACCCCCACCAGCAACAACAGCAUCAGCAGCGGCCACCAUCUUACCCUGUUGAGGAGCAGUCUCUGGGUCAUAUGCCUGGCAUGAUGCCAUCUAGAAAUAUGGCAAAUGGCUCACAACAUCAAAAUGGUCCACAGUGCUAUCAAGAUGAGACAAAUCCCCUUGGUUUAUAUGCUAAAGCAAAGCAGGAGUUAAAUCAGGACUCUUUUCUAGAGCGGCAUGCUCCUAUACAGGUGGCAGAAGCAGGGGAAUACAGGUCUUUCCCUAACCCUGGGAUGCAGAAGAUAGGGCAAGAUGAAGAAUCAGAAGCUGGUCACCAUGGCACUGAGAGGGGCCUUCAAUAUGGGGUUAAACCCCAGAUCUUAAACCAAAAUGGUGCUAAUCCACAUGGAGCUGAUGGUAUAGGAUCCCCGGGGCCUAGUCUCCAGCAGCCAUGUCAUACUGGAAUAGAAAAUGGGAUGGAGAAUAUGUCUCAGCAGAGAGCCAACUUAUCAUUUUCUCACCACCAGAGAGGCUGGAUGGAGCUUAACUCUUCUAAUUCCCAGCAGCAACCAGCAAGUAGCCCAUCACCACAGGCACAAGGGAAGGACAUGUGGAGAGGCUUCCCUGCAAGGCCUCAGUCAGAACAGCAAACAGCUAACCCCCAGGUUCACUGCCAGAUGUUGGAACCAAAUCCAGUGCAAAGAUUCCAGGCACAGGGAGUUUACACAGAUAGCAGCCAGGGGCCAAACAGCUACCAGCAGCAACAGCAGGACUGUCUCCCGGCCCAGACUCAUUGUGCUCCUGCCCAGCACAACACUGCCCCUGAGUGGCAGCAAUCAAAUUCUAAAGCACUGCAAAUGCAGCAGCCUGUCCCUCAGAAAAUGCCUGAGCAGAGAAAACUCCCCCAAAAUCAGCAAGACAGCCACUUCCAUACCCAGGUGCAGUCAGAGCACUUAUGUGAAGAUCCUGACCUGCAGGAAAUACUGUCACCUGGGUUCUUAACAACACAGCAACAGCAGCAACAACAGCACUCAAAUCUUCAACGCCCCCUGUCCCCCCCACAAUAUGAAGGGCAGCAACUACAGUCUCCCAAUUACAGACCCCACAGCCAACCCCACCCAGGUCAGCAGCUUCAACAGAACCAUCCUCUGAGAAGCAGUUCUAAUCAAUCCAAUAACCAACAACUCCAGCACAAUGACCAUGCAACGUUCAAUUACAAUAACACAACAGAGAUGCAACAACUACAACAACAACAUCAAAGGCAUUAUACAUCAAACUCAGGCACCAGUAACCUCAAGCAGUUUCAACCGCAGCGACCAAACAACCACUGCCACCAGCCUAACCAUACGGACAUCUCACAGACCUCUACACAGUCACAAUCUCACUUACCGCAAGGCAUUUUAAACCAACAGGUAUCAGCACAGAUGUAUCCCAAAGCUGAACCACAGCUAAGGGUAUCAUGUUCUCAGUUCCAAAGGGGACCUCGACUACCUCUGGGACCCCCGAGUCCCCAUGGAGAUUUUCAGAGACAUGCAGCUCUGCGCAUGCAUCUGUUACAAAGACAGGAGCGUCAAGGCCCUCCACAUCCCCAGAGCAUCAGUGACUCUAAACUUGGUUUAAGGCCUAUCAAAAUGGAAAACGGACCCAGAUUUGAGGUGCCUGGUUCACAGCAGCAGGAUCAGCGGUUACAGAUGCAAGAUGCAGGAAUAUGUGGAGUGCAAGUCAAGCAGGAGAAUCAACCAUCCUUGUGUGAGCAAAGCAAGAGACAGGGAAGCAUCUUGGCAUCCAUGGAACAAAGCCUAAGGCAGUAUCAGCUUUCACCUGUUUUUGAGAAGAAACCUCUUGUCAUUAAUUCAAAUAAAAUCAAGAUUGAAUCUUCUGGGCCUGUCACAAUCCUGUCAACCAACACUGACCUAAGUGGGAUAGACUCAUCUGCAGCUUCCUCAGCCAAUGUAGCUCCAAAGAAACACCCUGACUCCACACCCAAGAAGGAACAGCUGCUACAAAGCUUUAUGGAAUCUCCAAUGAAGCUAUUAGAUACCCCUAUAAAGAAUCUAUUGGAUACCCCAUUGAAAACACAAUAUGAGAUUCCAUCAUGCCACUGUGUUGAACAAAUCAGUGAAAAGGAUGAAGGCCCAUACUACACUCAUUUGGGAUCAGCGCCUAAUGUAGCCAGUAUACGGGAAAAGAUGGAAACAAGGUCUGGGCUAACAGGUCGUGCCAUCAGGAUCGAAAAAGUUAUUUACACUGGCAAAGAAGGGAAAAGUACACAAGGGUGUCCCAUUGCCAAAUGGGUGAUUCGACGUGCCAGUGUUGACGAAAAGCUACUAGUUUUGGUGCGAGAACGUUCUGGUCACACAUGUGAAACUGCCUGCAUCAUUGUGGUAAUUCUUGUCUGGGAGGGCAUCCUUCCCAGCCUGGCUGACCGCCUCUACCUCGAACUCAGUGAGACUCUAAAAAAGCAUGGAGCCCUCACCCAGAGACGCUGUGCCCUCAAUGAGGAGAGGACCUGUGCAUGCCAAGGUUUAGAUCAAGAGGCCUGUGGAGCCUCCUUCUCCUUUGGCUGCUCCUGGAGCAUGUACUACAAUGGCUGCAAAUUUGCCCGCAGCAAAAUCCCAAGAAAAUUCAAGCUACUUGGAGAUGAUGUGAGAGAGGAGGAGAGAAUUGAUCACAACUUUCAAAAUCUGGCAACUCUGUUGGGUCCCUUGUAUAAAAGUAUGGCACCGGACGCAUAUGGAAACCAGGUGGAGCAUGAACAAAGGGCACCAGAUUGUCGCCUGGGGCUCAAGGAGGGCCGUCCCUUCUCUGGGGUGACUGCUUGUCUGGACUUCUGUGCCCACGCUCACAGAGAUCUUCACAACAUGCAGGGCAGCACUGUGGUGUGUACAUUAACAAGGGAGGAUAACCGAGAGAUUGGCAAAAUACCAGAGGAUGAGCAACUCCAUGUACUACCCCUUUAUAAGGCCUCCAUACUGAUGAAUUUGGGAAGUGAAGAGGGUCAGCAGGAAAAAGUCAAGUCAGGCGCCAUCCAAGUCCUCAGUGCCUUCCGCCGCCAGGUGCGCAUGCUUGCAGAACCUGCCAAGUCUUGCCGACAAAAAAAGCUGGAUGCUAAGAAGGCAGCUGCCAACAAGAAUGCCAUGUUGGAAAGUGCUAAUGAAAAGCAAGAGAAGGCCAUGCUGGCAAAGGCAAAAACUGGUGCUUAUGAGAAUAUAACUCAGAGCCCUACAAUGGCAGGUAUGAUUCCAGGUGCUUUGGGAGCCACUCUACAGUCAGGUCAACUAACACACCCUCUUGGGGCCCAUCAUCAGCAACUACAGCAACUACAGCAACUACAGCAACAACAGCAACAACAGCAACUACAGCAACAACAGCACCAGAGUGUUCUUCCCCCUUAUCCUGGCUCAAACAAUAUACCCAGCUACCCUAGGUUCCCCAACCACCCAGGGUCUUUUCCAAGCACUUCCAAGCCAGGAAGCAUGUAUCCCCCUCAGCCACCAACACCAGCCAGCCCUUACGCCUCUCCACUACAUGUACCAAACGCCUACAUCAAUGGAUCAAAUCGUCCAUAUCCAGGAUAUCAAUGUAACGGAGGAAUGCCCCUUGACAAUUACCAUCCAUAUUAUGCUUCAAACCCAAAGCACCUCGACAUGUAUCGACAACAGCGGCCAGCCCUUUACUCAGAGCAGCAGUACGGUGUACAUCAACGUUAUGAGGUCAACUAUCCGCCAAGGUACAGUGAGCCAGCUUUACAGGUCAAUGGUUACAAUGCUUGCAGCAUGAGGCCUGUACACCCAAUGAGAUCUUUUCCUCCUUUUGGCCCAAAUGGAGCUACAAACCCUCAGUUUAUGGACCCCCUCUCAAGAGCACCACCAGCCCAUGGAGGUCUAGACUAUACAGCUGCUGUGAACAAGGGAAACCAGUUUAGAGGAUACCCAAAUCCUUACCUAUCUCAGAGCCCCCAAAUCUUAGCCCCUGGCCAAGACCCUUUUCAUAUGCAAAUCAAAACGGAGAUGGGUACACCUGGCCCGCAGAUGCUUCCUGCUCAGUUAAGUGGUGGGUGUUUAAACCCAGAAACACAGUCACAGUUAGGUCUACCAAACGGUAUUAAGCUGGAGCCUGGAACACCACAGACACCCACAACCCCAGUAAAGCCAGAGAUGUGGUCAGACAAUGAGCAUAACUUCUUGGACCCUGAUAUUGGUGGUGUGGCAGUAGCACCAACACACGGCUCAGUCCUCAUUGAGUGUGCAAAACGUGAACUCCACGCCACAACGCCCGUAAAAAACCCUGACCGCAACCACCCAACACGUAUUUCCUUGGUCUUCUACCAGCACAAAAAUAUGAAUGAGGCCAAGCAUGGUUUGGCUCUGUGGGAAGCCAAAAUGGCUGAGAAGGCUCGAGAGAAGGAAGAAGAGGCAGAGAGAAAUGGAGGUGAGGGGACACCUAGCAAGAGUAGCAAGAAAGGGGGGAAGCGUGAGCCCCCGGAGCCAUUGGAAACCUUGGGACCACCUCCUUACAAGCGUUUUAUCAAGGCACUUAUGGAGGGGUCAUUGUCAUGCACAACAAACACCUAUGAGUCAUCUCCAUACGCCUUCACCAAGGUCACAGGGCCUUACAGUCAAUUUAUGUAGAAAAAAAUUAAUGAAGAAAAAACUGAAGGGGGGUAUUUAUGACAAACAAUUAUCACAAGCACCACUAGCCUUUUCUGAACACUCCUUCCUGUCUAUAAGG